AACAUGUUUGUUAUUUGUGCAAGCUGGUUCUAGCAUCACAUUAUGGGAGAGUGCACUUUUGCAAUGCUGGUGCGUGGUGUCCUCUUUUGUUCCUUUGCUCCUGGUUAUACCUUCAGCAGCAAUGGGUCUGAGCUGUACGGGGAUCCAGAACUAGAAUGGAAGGCCGUGUCCAGAGCUCUCGUCGAGGAGAUGCUAAUCAAGGUGAACCCCAGGGUCCGGGUCCAACCACCAAGCCCUGACUCCAGGGUCCAACCAGCACGACCUGACUCCAGGGGCCAACCACCAAACCCUAACUCCUGGGUCCCACCACCAAGCCCUGGCUCCGGGGAGCCACCACCACUCCCUGACUUCCUGCGGGUCUCAGCCGCUGACGACUUCAAGUCCCUCCUUCUCCCUGACCCUGGUGCCAGAGUGGUGCCGGAUGAGGUAAAGCGGAUUCUAAACCCGUUUCCAUCAAUCGGAGUCAAAUCAGUCCAUACUGCCCCUUCAGACCUUCUGCUGAAAGUCGUGUGCUAUAUAAACCGAGUCUAUGUGAGGGUCUCGAAGUCUCUGUUCACCAGAAGGCGAGCAGACAGGGGGCUGAAGUUGGGAAGAUGUCCUGUGAACCGAGGGGAUAGUGACUUUUACUACUUCAUCUACCCGCUGAGGACGCGUCUGUGUGGCUUCACCAUGGCGCUACUGCCCGACUUCCUGUCGGUCAUCACGACGCUUCGCUACAAUCCUCCGGGUGAAGUCCUGUGGGAGCUUCCAUUCACCGUCACCAUUCAGUGCAAAUUUCACAGGUUCCACCACGUCUACUCCAGUGGCUUCGUUCCCAACCUGAUGGGCGGAACCAUCUCUAAAAGCCUGACCUUUGGCACAGGAUCUCAGCUCAUCGUUAAAGAUUCUUCAGGCCAGGAGCUGAUGGGCCCCCAGACCUACAACCUGGGAGACACCAUUUACUUCGAGGCCAGUCUCGUGGACGGCCUUGACCCAGAUCAGAGGCUGUAUGUGAACAAGUGCUACAUGACCGCCUCUGAAGACUCCAGUUCAAAUCCCCAAUACGUGGUGAUCGAUAAACUUGGCUGCAUGCUUGCUGGCAGGAUUACCUAUGAGAACAGGUUCAUGACUGCAAACUUGAAGAACUCUGUGAACUUCGCAAUCAGUGCCAUGAUCUUCAAGGAGCUGCUAGGCUCAGAAAUACCAGCUGGCCAAGAAUUCAUGCUCUACAUGCACUGUGAGAUCGCUCGUGGGCCCACGACUGCAACGACCACCAGGAAAUCCUGCAAUUAUGUAGAUUCUUUGCCCCGUUGGCGAGAUCUUUAUGACGGAACUACGGUUUGCCGCUGCUGUAGCACGUCCUGUGGGCCCGCAGUCAGAGCUUCAAACACCUUGUACACCAGCACUGCCCUGGUGCUCGAUACUCUUGCUCUGGAACCGACUUCUAAGCUCUGACUUCUUAAUACACCUGUCUUUUAAUUUGGUUUCAAUAAAAUGAUUACCUUUGACAAUAA